UUUUGAAUUUCGCGCGAUCGCGCCUCAGCAGAUUUUCCAUUUUCUUGAACUGAAAGUUUUUCGAACUUUGAAGUAGUUUUUGUUUUACGUUGUCACUUGUCAGAAUUGAUAUGUCGUUAAUGAAUUAGAGAUCAGGCUGAUGAAAAUUAAUGGUCAAAAAGUAGAAUUCUUCUGGUCCUAGCGUGUUAAAAUCUUGAAAACUUCAAUAGAUAAACAAAAUGGAAGCUUUUCUCAAGUCAGGGAAAGUUAACCCAAGUGAUGAUGCGUCUAGCUCCAAGCAAUCGUUAAAGAAAGAAGAGAAGAAAGGCAAAAAGCCUACACCUUGGGUUGAGAAAUACCGGCCACGAACUGUAGAUGAUAUAGUGGAACAAAAUGAAAUUGUAGCUACGUUGAAGCAGUGUCUUCAAGGAGCAGAUUUGCCUCAUUUUUUAUUCUAUGGACCUCCUGGUACUGGUAAAACGAGUACAAUUAUAGCAGCCGCUCGUCAAUUAUUCGGUGAUAUGUACAAAGAUAGAAUACUCGAACUGAAUGCGUCGGAUGAUCGUGGUAUUCAAGUGAUACGAGAUAAAGUGAAGACAUUCUCGCAGCUUUCCGUUUCUUCAACAAGACCCGAUGGUAAACCUUGUCCUCCUUUCAAAAUCGUUAUAUUGGAUGAAGCCGAUUCAAUGACUCAUGCCGCACAGGCAGCUUUACGAAGAACAAUGGAAAAAGAAACCAAGUCUACAAGAUUCUGUCUGAUUUGUAAUUACGUCAGUUGCAUAAUUCAGCCGUUAACUUCUCGUUGUGCCAAGUACAGAUUCAAACCUCUCAGUAAAGACACGAUGUUGAAACGUUUGAAGUUGAUUUGUGACGAAGAAAAAGUUUCGUGUGAUGAAAAAGCUCUGCAGACUUUGGUAGACACUUCGGGUGGUGAUUUGAGACGAGCCAUUACUUGCUUACAAUCUUGUGCCCGAUUGAAAGGAGAAGAAGGAGUUCUUUACGAAGAUGUUUUAGAAGUUACUGGAGUUAUUCCGGAUAAAUAUAUUGAAAAUUUAUUCGACGUUUGCAAAGCACGUAACUUUGAUAAGGCUGAAAUUGUCAUCGAAGAAAUAAUAUCAUCGGCUUAUUGUGCUCCUCAAGUAUUGGAUCAAUUUCAAGAUUUAAUUAUUGCCAAAAGUAAUUUAACCGAUGUUCAAAAAGCAACGAUUUGUGAAAAAAUUUCGGUUUGUGCAUGGCGACUUCAAGAGGGUGCAAGCGAGUAUCUUCAAUUAUUAGAUCUGGCGUGCGCUGUAAUUAAUGUUUUUUAAUUUUUUAUAUUGUAUUGUAAGGUUUUUCCGGUUUUUGAAAUAUGCUAUAUCGUUUGAAGUAUAUAAAUAGAUAUUUUCAAGUGAG